CCUCCUCAUUCUUGAUUUUAAACUUCACCCAUCCCCUUUUUAUUUUCUUAUCCGCUGCAAGAAACUCGCAAUUCCAAUAUCUCAAAGGUCAGGUUUUUACUCUUCAAUCUUCUCAAUUUUAACUCCUACUCAAUGGCUGUGUGUUUUUAGAGUUAUAUUUGUGUCACUUAAUCUACCGUGAAAAAAUUCAGUUUCUGUGAUGUGCCCCAUGUAUUUGCUUGUUGAAUUUAAGGCCAGUGUCAUGGGAUCAUUCAUAACACCGGAUUGAUAAGUAUGUUUGUCAUCUGAUUAAGAACAGAGUGCAGUAUUUAUGUUCUGGCAUUUGCAUUGUUAAAUUACUAGUCGGUGAAAGCUGAUGUUGGAAUGUUAUUUAGUGUUAAUAUGAGUUCUAUUGCUUCAUUAGCUAGUUUAGGAUGUACUUGUUCUUCUGCCCAAUUUGAGGGCUCCCUUUCGUUUUCUAGUCGUAUUUGCUUUUCUAGAAAUUCUUGUAGUUUUCGGGAAGUAAGGUUUGGGAAGAAAUGGAGGUAUGAGUGUAUUUGUAAAUGUUCGAUCACCACUGAGUGCAUUGCUCAAGAGAAUUCGGUAUCGCUUGAUACUACAUUUAGAGGUAGUAAUGUGGAUGAAAGUGAUCUCGUUAGGAAUGCAUCGCCUAGACAUGUAUUAGAAUCUGGGCCUAAGGCUGAGCUCCUUUUGGGCAUCAAUGGUGUGAAGUGGGACCGUUUAAAACCUAAUUGGGAGGAUGAGAAGUUAAAAGUUGAAGAAGAAGAGAGAAAUAUGGUGAUUGAGUCUCUUGGAGAGGUACUAGAGAAGGCUGAGAAGCUAGAAACAAGUAAGAAAGCUGUCACAUCAGCUAGAAGGCCACCAACAUUUACAGGCGCCAACCAGAGAAAUGCACCGGUUACUCGUAGAACAGUUAAAAAGUCAAAGACUUUAAAGAGUGUGUGGCGAAAGGGAAACCCAGUCGCCACAGUUAUAAAGGUGGUUAAAAAACAACCAAAGAAUGGGGAUGUUGACAAAGGAGAAAUAAUUACAAAAACAGUCGUGAGGGUUGAGUCACCACUUGCUGCUCCUUUUAGACCAGAUCAAUCGUCUUUAAAAGUCCAACCAGAACUGCAAGUGAGACCAUCUGCAGCUCCAAAGCCGAUAAUUGAGAGACCCAUUUUGAAAGAUGGUGCAGCAACAGCGUUAUCAGCUGUUGGAGCCACCUCCGCUGCAACAACAAAAGAACACAAGCCAAUAUUGAUUGACAGGUUUGCGUCUAAGAAGUCUGCAGUAGAUCCUUUGAUUGCAGAAUCUGUAUUGGCACCUCCCAAACCUAAAAAAGCUUCUUCGUCUGGGAGGUUCAGGGAUGACUUCAGUAGAAAAACUGGUCUAUCUGGAGGAUCACGUAGGCGUAUGGCUAAGAAUGAUAUUCCUGAUGAGGAGGCAUCAGAACUUGAUGGUUUUAUUCAUGGUGUUGUUACAUCAAGGAAAGGCAGGAAAUGGAGCAAGGCGAGUAGGAAAGCAGCUAGACUUCAGGCAGCUAGAGAUGCCGAACCAGUGAAAGCUGAAAUUUUGGAGGUAGAGGAAGAUGGUAUGUUGACCAUGGAGUUAGCCUACAACUUGGCUGUCAGUGAAGGUGAAAUUCUUGGGUUUUUGUACUCGAAGGGGAUUAAGCCUGACGGUGUGCAGACUCUUGACAAAGACAUUGUGAAAAUGGUCUGCAAAGAGUAUGAUGUAGAAGUAAUUGAUGCUGCUCCAAUUAGAGUGGAGGAAAUGGCAAAAAGGAAGGAAAUUUUGGAUGAAGAUGACCUGGACAAAUUAGAACAGAGACCUCCAGUGCUCACUAUAAUGGGCCAUGUAGAUCAUGGAAAGACAACUUUGUUGGAUCAUAUUCGAAAUACCAAGGUUGCGGCCUCUGAAGCUGGAGGUAUUACUCAAAGAAUUGGUGCUUAUAAGGUUCAAGUGCCAAUUGACGGAGGGUUUCAACCAUGUGUAUUUUUAGAUACUCCUGGACAUGAGGCAUUUGGGGCAAUGAGAGCCCGUGGAGCCAGGGUCACAGACAUUGCUAUAAUUGUAGUUGCAGCUGAUGAUGGGAUUCGCCCCCAAACAAAUGAGGCCAUAGCUCAUGCCAAAGCAGCAGGAGUGCCAAUCGUGGUUGCCAUUAACAAGAUUGAUAAAGAUGGCGCUAAUCCGGAGCGGGUGAUGCAAGAGCUUUCCUCAAUUGGUAUGAUUCCAGAAGACUGGGGUGGUGAUAUCCCAAUGGUUCAAAUCAGUGCUCUUAAAGGAGAUAACGUGGAUGACCUUCUGGAAACUGUAAUGCUUGUCGCGGAGUUGCAAGAAUUGAAGGCUAAUCCUCACAGAAAUGCCAAAGGCACAGUUGUUGAGGCUGGUCUUGAUAAAUGUAAAGGACCAGUAGCUACAUUCAUUGUGCAGAAUGGCACACUCAAAAAAGGAGAUAUAAUAGUGUCUGGCGAAGCUUUUGGAAAGGUUCGGGCAUUAUAUGAUGAUGGUGGAAAGCUAGUCAGUGAAGCUGGUCCCUCCUUUCCAAUACAGGUCAUUGGAUUAAAUAAUGUUCCAUUUGCUGGUGAUGAGUUUGAGGUUGUUGGUGCCCUUGAUAUUGCACGGGAAAGGGCAGAGUCAAGAGCUGAUUCAAUACGACUUGAACGCAUUUCAGCUAAAGCUGGAGAUGGAAAGGUUACACUUUCGUCCUUUGCUUCCGCCGUUUCAUCAAGAACGCAUACUGGGUUAGAUCUGCACCAACUGGUUAUCAUAAUGAAGGUUGAUCUUCAGGGAUCUACUGAGGCCAUCACACAGGCACUACAGGUGCUUCCCCAAGAUAAUGUCACUAUUAAGUUCCUCCUGCAAGCAACUGGAGAUAUCAGCAAGAGCGAUGUUGAUCUUGCAGUCGCCAGUAAAGCAAUUUGUUUUGGAUUUAAUGUCAGAGCAGCAGGUUCUGUGAAGAGCUAUGCUGACAAUAAAGGAGUUGAGAUCCGACUGUACAAAGUUAUAUAUGAACUCGUUGACAACGUGCGAACUGCAAUGGAGGGACUCUUGGACACUGUUGAGGAUCAGAUACCAAUUGGUUCAGUAGAAGUACGAGCUGUAUUCAGCGGUGGUAGUGGUCGUUUUGCUGGAUGUAUGGUAACAGAAGGAAAAGUAGCGAAAGAUUGUGGAAUUCGGGUUUGUAGAAAGGGUAAAACAGUCAUCGUUGGAGCUCUCAACUCCUUGAGACGGAUUAAGGAGACUGUCAGAGAGGUAAGUGCCGGGUUAGAGUGUGGCAUUGGAAUUGAUGGCUUUAACGAUUGGGAGGCUGGAGACACUCUGGAGGCUUUCAACACAGUACAGAAGCACCGAACACUUGAAGAGGCAUCAGCGUCAAUGGCAACAGUGCUUGAAGAACUAGGAAUUGAGGGAUAACAUCAAAGCACAAUAUAUUA